UGCAUUCGUUUUUAUCUUCCUUUUUAAAACUUUUAAUACACACACACAUGCUGAGGAAGCUCCAGCAGAGUAAACGUUAAGCAAGCUUGAUGUGUUGGGUGUGCAGGCAGCCUCUGAAUCUUUGCCAAACCUUUGCCCAACUUUUCCAAAAUGUGUUAUGUGAACAGUGUUCCGAGGGGUUGAGUUAAUUUGGAAAACUGAAUAGGUUAAAAGUUGGAAGUGUUUUUCUUACGUAGAACGGAUAAUGUUCUUCCUAAUUCCUUCGUUUAAGUGAUGUGUAAUUGAAGGGCGAGGAAGGGUACUCGGGUUUAUGCGGAGCCGGCAUAGGCUUGACCCGUCAGCCGGAGGCCCAGUUCCUGGUACCGGAUUAGGCCUAGAGCGAGUCGGGUUGGGAAGAGGCAGAAUGCUGUGAAAUAACAACGUGUGAAGUAGCCUGUGAACAAAUGCAGCAGAACACAAAUAUGUGGUUGGGGUGGGGGUGGGGGGACAGGCUGCACAGCUGCCCACCAGGAAACCCUGGAGUUUAUUUUUAAAAUGAAUGCAAAUUUCACCCCACAGUGCUCUGUUAGACUAGUUUCAAAACUGAGUUUUGCUGAUGGGGCUUAUUUCCAGGGAAGAAGGCACAAAAUUGCAGUCCUCAGAAAAAGCACAUAAUAACAGUAAUCGAUGCAUUUUGUUGGCCUCUCCCCCCUCCCCCCCCGUGCAGAUCCGAAUCCGGAGAAAGUGGGAGGCGUCCUCCCCCCGCCAGCUUUUUUUGUGCUCACGAGGAAUUGGGAUCCUUCCUGCCUCGAGGGCCUAUAGGGAGCUGAGAAGCCCAGAGACCCCCGAGACUUGUCCAGACCUCAGGGAAAGCCUUGAAGGCUCCUCGGUGCCACCUCCAGGGAUCCCUCUGCCAGGAUUCCCAGGCAGGGCGUCAAUGUUUUGGAGGGGCAACGGGGGUGAACUAGAGGGACCCGCAGCUGCCUGGAAAGCCUGGUUGGGUUGUGAAGCCGAGGAGCCCGUGGGAGCCCGCCCUGGCCCAGAUCAGGCGUCGCUGCAGCUCCUUUCCGAGAGUGCAGGUGGCGAGAGCCUCUUCCUCGUUCCCUUUUUAAGUUGUGCUGGCGGAGCUCCGUGGGGCUUUCUGUGCUAGGAGUGAGCUGCGUCUCCUGCGCGUCGGUAAAAGCCCUGUCCUUCUCAUGAAGAGGCAUGGGAACCUGGUCUAAAGUAGAGCCCUGCCUUCGGGGGGGCUUCACCUUUGAUCUCCCCCCCCCAACUGUCCUCAUCUUGACUGGGGCCCAGCGUCUCCCUUCUGCAUGGACGAACAAGAGUCCGUUUGUCUCAAGGAGGCCACUUAUUUUUUAAGAGGGGCCCUGGCUUCCCUCCCAGGAUCUGCUCGGUUUCUUCUGGAACUCCUCCGUGCCUGUUUGGAGGUGCCACGCCCAGCCAAAGUCCACCCGCUCGCCUGUGCCGCCUCCUGCUUCCGGGAAACUGGAAACGGCGGGAGUAAAUGCAGUGUGUGCCGGGAUUUCGCUGUCCUGGAGGAUCACACGUUGGCCCACAGCCUGCAGGAACAGGAAAUUGAGCACCACUUGGCCACCAACGUCCAGCGCAACCGCCUGGUCCAGUACGACUUGCAGAUGGCCAAGCAGUUGCAAGAGGAGGAAGACCGCAAGGCGCGCGUUCGCCUCCAGGAGCAGCACAAGGACAUAGAGCGGCAAGACUGCGAGAUUGCGCAGGAGAUCCAGGUCAAGCUGGUCAUUGAAGCCGAACAGCGGCGGCGGCAGGAAGAGGAUGAUGAGGACAUCGCGCGGAUUCUGCAGCAGAAGGAGCUGCAGGAGGAAAAGAGGAGGAAGAAACCGCCUCCGGAUCCCUUGCGACAAAGCGCUUCUGAAGAAGGCUGCUACCCGGAGAACAGAGAGCACUUGUGCAGGAGUCCCCGGGAGACGGGGCCCGAGCUCCCUAGACCCGGGAGCGCUGAUGGGCAGCCCCCCCAAACGAGGGACCCCCGGAGGGGCCCUCCGUUGAUUUCAGAGGGUCUUGACUUGGAGGCUUGGGGGAGUUCCUCAGAAACGAGGAAGACCAAAGAGCAUCCGAGGAAGGACAGAGAGAACCGGCGGGAGAGGAAGCAAGGCAGACAGGAGAGGCCUCCUCGGAAGGGUCCUCCGGGCGAGGAGGAGGAGCAGCAGGAGGACGAACCCACCGACAGAGGCUACAGCCGCCCCGCCGGCAGUCAGGAAAGGACUCGGGGGCCGCUGCCGCUGGUCUUGGAUGCAGAAGCCCCCCGGGCCAGCAGAGGUAUCAGGGAUCAGAAGAGGCCUCAGAGCCGCGAGAGACCCCCAAGGACACCCCCUCCUUUUGCGGACUGGGAAGAGGAACGGACAAGCGCGCAUCGCAGCAAUGGGCCCCAUAGGCAAGGGGAGAGGGGGCCAAACUCGAGCACCAAUGGGAGAGAAAGGCAAGCAGAACGGCCGUACAGCAAAAGCCGCUCCCCAAAUCCGGACUGUCGUAGGCUCCCACUGCCUGAGGAUCGUCGUUCCCCAAGGCCCCAUUCCCGCCAUGCCAGGCACCACGACUCGGAAGCUGCCCACGGGCGCCGUCUCAGGAGGGAGGAUGGAGAAAGAGAGCCCGAGGGGGCGCCAGCCUCCCCCGCCUCCCACUACAGGGAGGGCUGGAACGGGGAAGCGAGCCACCCCCGGAACCCAGGGAUGAAGUCACGGGGGGCAAAAGAAGACGCUUACGCCAGACCCCGACUAGCAGCUGCUCAGGACCCCGAGUUCUAUGACGCCGAGAUUGCCUGGAAGUUACAGGAGGAGGAACUCUUGGCCAGUCAGGUGGAUAAGAGAGCCGCGCAAGUUGCUCAAGAUGAGGAAAUAGCUCGCCUUCUGAUGGCAGAGGAGAAGAAAGCUUACAAAAAAGCAAAGGAGCGAGAGAAGAAGAGGCAGGACCAAGACUGGAAGCAGGACCCCCACGAGUCUGCGUGUUCACGGUCAAGGGAAGGAUAUGAACCUCAUCGAGGCAGGAGUGAGAAGCCCACGCGAGCUGCUGCACCUCUGACCAAGGACUUGAAUCAUCCUUCUAGUCUUACAAAUCAGCAUAACUUGGCACAUCAGAUAUCCAAAUCAGAGUCGGCUCAUAAAGGUUACCAUUAUAAGCAGUAGGA